UUAUCUUUCAAAGUAAUAUGAUGGAUUACAAUUUCACACAUCUGUGAAAAUGAUAUAAAAAAAUAAAAAACACAUGCAAUGAAACUAAUAGUAGUAUUUUUUUAUUUCAUGUGGGUUGAAUCAAGUAGAUUGAAGUGGAUGAUAUAAAAACUUCAUCAUAUCCUGGUUUAUAUCCUGGUUUAGAGCGUUUCGCUAAUGAGUAAAUACAUUUGGAAGUAUAAGAUAUUGGUAUAUAAAGAUGCCCAGAUGAAUGAUUGUGCAAUAAAAAAGUGCUGGCAAAUAUUUACACACAGUUUUGCACCGCAUUCUUUAUAAAGGACAUAUAAGAAUAAAUGGAAUUAAUUUUGCAAUGGUUUAAUGCCUUAUUUGUUUCAGACUGAGUAAUUCCCUGCUGGCAUCCAUGUUACCCCGAGAUAAACACUACAAUCCCACAUCCAUUGCACAAAAUGAAGACAGUUUGGUUCGGAGCGUGGUUAUUAUUCUGCUACGAAAUCAGUGGAAAAUUAAUUAACCAUAAAAAUGAUCAGAAACCGUGUGAAUGUAAUGUUGAUAUAUCACUGGCAACUGAAUUUUUUAAAACUAUGUGCUCCGAACGGACCCGUGAUUUUUUUUCUCAAGUUGCGGAUUUACAGUCGGCAGUUGUACACUUAGAAAAUAUGCUAUCACUUUAUAAAGAAGAUGCCUACAAAGAUUAUCGUGAAGUGAGACGAAAAAAUUUAGACAUAGAAAAUAGUGUUCAUAACCUCAAAAGUCUAUUUCAAACAGGGGAUAGUAAUAGUCAAGAGUCGUGCCAUCAUAAUUGUGGCAAAAGAACUUCGAAUGGAUUGGAUGGAAUAUUCAACAGAAAAAAACUUUUGAAAAUGUUUAAAUCAUAUAUCUCAGAACUUUUAACAAGCAGUGAUGAGUUUCAAAAUAGUGGAAUAAAACAGCUGAUUCAUCAUGGGGUUAAAAAAGAAAUGGAAUCCUAUUUUCCGAACUUAAAACUCGCUCCAAAACACACUAAUCAGGGCAAAGGAGAUUUCAAUCGUAAAAUGAGAGCUCAUUCUAAAGAUGCUCCAAUCCUCGUUAACCAAAGAAAGGAACUGUCUACAGAUGACAGAAAAGAGUUUACAGCAGACAGCUAUAGAAAUAAUAAUGUUCAGUCUGAUGGAGCCUAUCAGAAUGAUAUGAAGAGGAUUUAUUCCAUUUUGAUCAACCAGGGUACUAAGGUUGAAGAGGUUACAGCCAACCUUGAAACAAAGAUAAAAGAUCUUGAUGCACAAACCAGGAAUUUUCAUUCAAAAUUAGAAUCCACAGCACAGAGAUUUGUAAAAAGCAGUAUUACAUCAGAGCUUAAAAAUGUUCACAAUAAUAUUUCAGUUAUUGCAGAUGCUUAUCAUAAUUUGGAAAGAAAAACAAGAAAUAUCACCAGCGGUCAUGUUAAUUAUUUGAUUGAUGUGAAAGUUGAAAGUAUGGGCGACAAUAUAGUAGACCGUUUACUCCAUGAGUCAAGUCCUCUGAAUAAUAAAAUACAGGACUUAGAACAAAAUGGAAGAAUGUUAGCAGAAAACAGUACUGCAGAAAUAACCAGAGUUAGAUUUGAGCUGUCUACAUUGAUUAACAAAAUGGAGAGUUUAAAUUCCACGGUUUCCACUAUGACACAAAGCAUGCCACUUUUAGACAAAGUAAAAGAGUUUUUGCAGAUUGUUAAUGAUUUAAAGCGAUCUUUACCAAAUCUAGAAGACUUAAGAGAUAGCAUAUCCAAUCAAACAUCACAAAACUUUGAACAAACUAGAGCCAUACUUACCUUAGAAAAUAAAGUCAAAAAUUUAAUCAACAAUGAAAGUGUAGUCUUAAAUGCCAUAGAUAAUUAUGACAACAGACUAAGUGAAAUUUCCAGAGACAUCCUUAAUAUUGAGGUUCGUGAAUGGACGCAAUAUGACUUCAGCCACAGCAAUGACAGAAACGGUUGUCAUGGUGGCACAAAAUAUGUUAAAAAAGGGCCAAAAAUGUACGAGAAACUUUAUGUAGGAGUUGUGCUAUGCUCAAGCACCCAGUAUAAGAUUUACCUUGGAGAUAACCUACAAGACCCAUUUUUGGACAUUGGUGACAUGUAUGGUUUUGGAGAUGACCAUUGUGAGUUUGUGGGAGGACAGAAUUCAGCAUCCAUGACAACAGGAAUGCCGUCAUAUUUGUCAAAACCAAUGACAGGUUAUAAACGACGCCACUGGGGUGAGAAACCUCACAAAGGGAGAUUAUGGGUGCUUAACUCCCCACCUAUGUACUAUCAAUGCGGAGUUACCAUCCCUUGACAAGACCACUAUCAAUGCAGAGUUAUCAUCCCUUGACAAGACCACUAUCAGUGCAGAGUUAUCAUCCCUUGACAAGACCACUAUCAAUGCAGAGUUACCAUCCCUUGACAAGACCACUAUCAAUGCAGAGUUAUCAUCCCUUGACAAGACCACUAUCAGUGCAGAGUUAUCAUCCCUUGACAAGACCACUAUCAAUGCAGAGUUAUCAUCCCUUGACAAGACCACUAUCAGUGCAGAGUUAUCAUCCCUUGACAAGACCACUAUCAGUGCGGAGUUACCAUCCCUUGACAAGACCACUAUCAAUGCAGAGUUACCAUCCCUUGACAAGACCACUAUCAAUGCAGAGUUAUCAUCCCUUGACAAGACCACUAUCAAUGCGGAGUUACCAUCCCUUGACAAGACCACAAUCAAUGCAGAGUUACCAUCCCUUGACAAGACCACUAUCAAUGCGGAGUUACCAUCCCUUGACAAGACCACUAUCAAUGCGGAGUUACCAUCCCUUGACAAGACCACUAUCAAUGCAGAGUUACCAUCCCUUGACAGGACCAACAACAAAUUUCCUGAGCAAAUAAUCAUUUAAAUGUUAUAAAGAAAAGAAAGGCAGAAAACUUAUUAGUAUAUAGUGUUACCAUUUUGGAAGAAGUUAAAUCAAUCUAGAGUUACCGUUCUUGAAACAGGAUACCUCAGUUUAAAAGCAUAUUGAGUUAUAAUCCCCUUACAAGACCAACCACCAAGUGAAAUCAAUGAUUUUCUAACUCAAUACAGAGAACUGUUAUGGAAAGCCUUCUGUAUGCCAACAAAGCCACUGAUUGCAUAGUUACUUUCCAUUAAAUGAGGAAGUUCAUGACAAAAGACUCUACCAUACUAUGUCAUUGUGCAUUAAUAUUGUGAUGUUGCAAAAGAAUUUGUCAUCAGUAGGCAAUGAGUAUGAAUACAGUCAAACCCCGUUGGCUCGAACUCCAAGGGACCGGCGAAAAUACCUCGAGCCUCGGAAAUUUCGAGCCAAGCUUACAUUCAUUUUAAAUAAAUCAGUCCUUUACAUCUAAAUUUGAGCCAUCGAGGAAUUCGAGCCAAGCGAGUUUGAGUCAACAGGGUUUGCCUGUACCAUAAAAUCCAACUAUACAGUCGAUUUUAACCUAAAAAUCAACAACAUGUAAAUAAAUGCUUUACUGUUUCACUAUAGUGAAUUACAAUAAAAAAACAGUUUUCAUACUGUUUAAGUGUA